CGCAGCCAAGAUGGCGGAGGGGCUGGAGCGCGUCCGCGUCUCGGCCGCCGAGCUGCGGGACAUGGUGGCGGCGCAGGCCCGCGCCGCCGGCGGCGGGAGAGAAAACAUGAAGGAGGUGAAGGAGCCGAGACACCGCAAGGACAACAGGCGCCCAGACCAGGAGAUUUACAAGCCUGGCCUCUCCAGAUUGAGGAGCAAACUGGUGCCAUUAAAGCAUGAGGCAUCAGAGAAGGAGAGGAGCAGAGCUGAGGAGGGCAAGGAGGAGAGUGCUGGGGACCCUGUGAGAGCAGGGGCUCCAACCACGGAGGAUUUUGGCAAAAGCGACGGCCCCAGGCAGAACGGCCCUUCUCAGGAAAGGGAAGAGACAGAGACCAAAGGUGGCCUGCAGAGCCAGGAGAGCUUGUCCAAGCAGCCCACUGUGGAUGAGUGGUGUUCCAAGACCCCCAGGAGAACCAAGAAACCGGACCAGCAGAUCUACCAGCCUGGGAAGCGCCUGCAUUUGGCUGCUAAAGAACCGUCCCUGCGGUCGGCGGCCGAGGAAGCCACCGGCAAGAUGGAGCAGCUGAAACUCGAGAGGGAUGAAGAGACUGAGAAAGGCGCUGGAAAAGACAUUAACAGGAAAAUUAAACCAAGCAAGGAGGAUAGAGAGGGGAGCCAGGCAGGGGAAGGAGUGAAAGCCUCAAGGGGAGAUAAAGGAAGACGAGCAGAGCGAAGCGACAGGACAAGGAGGGGCGAUGAGGGGAUGCAGGGGAAGCUGGGCUCUACCAAGCGAUAUUCCCGCACGGACAAGCGCCGGAGCCGGUACCGCACCUGCAGCACGAGCUCAGCUGGAAGCAGCAACAGCAUAGACGGAACCCUGCUCGUGGAUGGGGUGGAGAGGCGCCAGGAGCGUGCCAGGGAAAGAAUACGUCCUAGGAAGCAGCUGUCUGUGUCCUCCACUGACUCCUUGGACGAUGACAGGUUCGAUGAGGCAGAAGCAUACGUCUCCAGCAGGAGUUCGGACAGGAAGAAGCAUUCGGAGCAGAGUCGAGGUUCCAGGAGUGAGAGCGAAUGGAGCAGCAAUGGCAGGGAAACGAAGGGACCCUUUCGAGUCACAUUUGACAGCAGGACCAUGAACAGGGAUGUCAGUCUGACAGAUACAGAUAAAAAAAAGUCCCUGAAGGCAUUUGCUAGUUGCAAAGACUCAGAGACUUUGGAGCCAAGGAGCCAGAGCAGGGAGCCCCAAGGGAGGGGCCGUGGGAUUCUAUUCCUGCCUGCCAAUACGGACCUCUCUGCCAGCACCACGGGUGCCCCCGAAGCCAGUCACCCUGGGCCCAGGCUCCUGCUCGGCGGGGCUGGCAGCAAAGGCUCCCGGAGCCGGGGCCGAGGUGGCACCGCUCGCAGGCUGUGGGACCCAAACAACCCGGACCAAAAACCUGCCCUGAAGAGCCAGACUGCCCAGCUCCACUUCCUAGACACGGACGAUGAAGUGAGCCCCACCUCCUGGGGGGAAGCCCGGCAGGCCCAGUCCUCCUACUAUAAAUUCCAAAACUCUGACAACCCCUACUAUUACCCUCGGGCCUCCAGCCAAGGCCCCCAGUAUCCAUAUGGUGGGUAUUCCCUGCAGUAUCCCAUGGGUCCAACCAACGGCGUGUACCCAGGAGCCUAUUACCCUGGGUACCCCGGCCAGGCGGGGCAGUACCUGUGUGGCCCACUCCCCCCUACUGCUCUGAGCCCCGAGAUGGAGCAGCAGAUGAGGAACAUGCAGCAGCAGGAGCUCAGCAAACUCCUGCGUGAGGCUGGGAACCAGGAGCAGCAGCUCAGCAACCUCCUUUCCAGAGACCGCAUCAGCCCCGAGGGACUGGAGAAGAUGGCCCAGCUGAGGGUGGAGAUGCUGCAGCUCUAUGAACGGUGCAUCCUGAUGGAUAUCGAGUUCUCCGAUACCCAGAACGUGGACCAGUUGCUGUGGAAGAAUGCAUUUUACCAGGUGAUCGAGAAAUUCCGGCAGCUCCUCAAGGACCCUCAGGGGGUAAAUGCCCAAGAAAUUCGGAACAAGCUACUCCUGCUUCUAGAUGAGGGCUCUUCUUUUUUUGAUGGCCUGCUCCAAAAGCUGCAGGUGUCCUACCAGUUCAAGCUAGAGGACUACAUGGAUGGGAUGGCCAUCCGCAGUAAACCUCUCCGGAAAAUGGUGAAGUACGCCCUGAUCAGUGCCCAGAGGUGCAUGAUUUGCCAAGGGGACAUAUGCCGGUACAGAGAACAAGCGAACGACACGGCGAACUACGGCAAGGCACGCAGCUGGUACCUGAAGGCUCAGCAAAUUGCUCCCAAAAACGGCCGCCCGUACAACCAGCUGGCGCUUCUGGCCAUCUACACGAGGAGGAAGCUGGAUGCUGUCUACUAUUACAUGCGUAGCCUGGCUGCCAGCAACCCCAUCCUCACAGCCAAGGAGAGCCUCAUGAGUCUGUUUGAGGAGACAAAACGCAAGUCUGAGCAGAUGGAGCAGAGGAAACACCAGGUGCUGGAUGUGAGCCCCAGCCGCCGGGGGAAGGGCAAGAAGUCUACAUUGCGACAAGUUGGAGAUGAUGCCACGCGGCUGGAGAUCUGGAUCCAUCCCUCCCACCCCCGCUCCUCCCAGGGCCACGAGUCCGGCAGGGAUUCCGAGCAGGACAAUGGUCUUGGGAACCUCAGCCCCAGCGACCUGAACAAAAGGUUCAUCCUCAGUUUUCUCCAUGCCCAUGGGAAGCUGUUUACCAGGAUUGGGAUGGAGACUUUCCCUGCGGUGGCCGAGGAGGUCCUGAGGGAGUUCCAGGUCCUGCUGCAGCACAGCCCCCCUCCCAUCGGAAGCACCCGCAUGCUCCAGCUUGUGGCAAUCAACAUGUUUGCAGUGUACAACUCCCAGCCCAAAGAAUGCAUCUCUGAAGACUGUCGCUCUGUCAUCCAGGAACAGGCCACAGCCCUGGGGCUCUCCAUGUUUGCACUCCUGGUGAGGAGGUGCACCAACCUGCUAAGGGAAUGUGUGCCAGUUCAGGCACAAGAGAUGGAGCAGGAGGAUGAGGAGGACGACAUCAAGGUCUCUGCCUUGCCCCAGGACCUGAAGGAGCUGCUUCCCAGCGUGAAAGUCUGGUCGGACUGGAUGCUUGGCCACCCGGACACCUGGAAUCCUCCUCCGACCUCUCUCGAGCUCCCCAAACAUUGGCUAAUGAGCCUCGUCAGUGUGGCCGAGCAGCCGCCAGCCCCCAGUGGGUGGCUGGUGCUGGAGCUGGUGGUGAACCCGUCUGAUGGAGAAGGAGAUUGGAAACCUCUCCCCUCCAGCCCUGAUGAGAUCAGGCUGGCAAUCGGGGCUGCUGCAGCCGAAGCCACCUCGGUCCCACGCCUGGUCCCCAGCCACGUGUCCCCGAGAGGCACCGCGGUGGCGAAGGGCUCUGCGAUGCCUCUGGGGAACUGA